AUGGUGGUUGGACCAAGGUUGGACAAAACGAUUGAGAAACCCGCCUCCCGAAAAGUCACAUGCUCUCUGGCCAUUCAUCGUUACGUCAGCCAGGUGACCUAUUGCAAUCCCUUCAAAUCCAAUUCAAGCGUGGAGUAUGAAGAGAUUGCUAGUCAGCAAGCCAAUACCAGGAUUCUCAAGUUGCUUCAUUCGAAUACGAGGCGAGUGCCGAGGGAGGUAAUAUCCCCGGGCCAUCGUGAUUCGUGA